AUGUCGGUUGCGCCUCCCAGUCGCUCAAACACAGGUUGGCCGCGCGGUGGGGCGGCUCAGUUCGGAGGCAAAUACAUGAGCGGGCCGGCGAAGCCCCUCACCCUGGAGAGGACAAUCAACUUAUACCCACUCACCAACUACACAUUUGGGACCAAGGAGCCUUUAUAUGAAAGGGACAGCUCAGUGGCUGCUAGGUUCCAGCGGAUGCGUGAGGAGUUUGACAAGAUGGGCAUGCGGAGGACAGUGGAGGGUGUGCUGAUUGUCCACGAGCACAGACUGCCGCAUGUCUUACUUCUGCAGCUGGGCACUACCUUUUUUAAACUGCCCGGUGGAGAGUUGAGUCCAGGAGAAGAUGAAGUGGAAGGACUGAAACGCCUAAUGACUGAGAUUCUUGGACGACAGGAUGGCGUGAAGCAGGACUGGGUGAUUGACGACUGUAUUGGCAACUGGUGGCGUCCUAACUUUGAGCCUCCGCAGUAUCCCUACAUUCCAGCUCACAUUACCAAACCUAAGGAGCAUAAGAAACUUUUCCUGGUUCAGCUGCAGGAAAAAGCACUCUUUGCCGUCCCCAAAAAUUAUAAACUGGUGGCAGCGCCGUUGUUUGAGCUGUACGACAAUGCCCCUGGAUAUGGACCCAUCAUUUCCAGUCUACCACAACUCCUGAGCAGGUUCAACUUCAUCUACAACUAA